CAGCUGCUGCUGCACGCUUUUGUUCAAACUCUGAAAUCAGACGCUCGGCAACAAACUUUGCCUUAACUUAGAAAAUGUUCGCAGAAACGGAUCGAUAAAGUUCGAAUUUAAUGCGCCGCGUUGAGAACUGACGUUUUGUUGUCGCCCCCCUCCCUUGUUUUUGGGUCGAAAUUUGGAAUUUAAACAGCUCGUGAACGGAGGAUCUGUCUAGGAUUUUCCUGAAACCAUUUCGUGGACUUCUGUGUGGAAUAUGACUUCUGUCUUGUACAGCUGAGAGACUUUUAGGACCAUUUUUGACAGGAAGGAGAGGGUAAAUGUAUGCUUUCCCUCAACCUCCUUGUUGGAUACCUAUGGAGGAGAGGGUACAGUGUGCGCACUUACGCAGCUCCUGGACUCAUAAGCGGUGUGAACACUGAUUCCACAGACCUGGAUAGCGCAAAACGGGACACCUCACCCAAUUUGAAUGCCUUUGCAAGGAGUUUGCUGGUUUUUUUGCUGCAGGCAGGGCUUCAGUUUGCUGGGACGGGACUAUGGGGAAAAAGAGGAGGAAGAAUCUUUUGAAUUGCGCAACAAGGAGGAUUUGACUCCCAAUGGACGGACUCCAGGUAAUGUGAUUGCUUCUCAACCAACUUGUGCAGGCAACGGGACAAAUGGGCAUGCCGUCCCACAAUCACCUGAUGAGAUGAAGAGUCGGAUUAUCGAAAAGAGCAAGUUGGGGGUGGAGGAGGAACCAGACCUGUUGGUGAAAGGUUGGCUGUUGCGGGAGGUGCGAGGUGGCUGGGUUAAGCAACGUCGGUACUGGUUUGUGCUGAGCCAGGACUCCCUGGAUUACUACAGCGGAGCAGAGAAGGGAGCCCGCAGACUGGGAACACUGGUCCUUACCAACCUCUGCUCUGUCAUUUGGCCAAACAAGCAGACCUACAAGGAGACGGGUUAUUGGAGCAUCACAGUGUAUGGAAGAAAGCAUUGCUACAGGCUGUACACGAGACACUUCAAUGAAGCAGUGCACUGGGCUUGUGCCAUCCAGAAAAUCAUCGAUACCAAAUCGCCUGUGGAAACCCCGACGCAGCUCCUGAUCCGAGACAUCGAGGAGAAUAAGUUCAACCCCGAGGUGGUGGAGCACAUCUACGAGCACAACCCCAUCCUGAAGUACACACAGGGCCCCCUGUAUGCUCCCCUGCUGCCUUUCCCAUAUGGAAGCGCAGAACACACAUACCACAGUGGGAAGGGCUAUGGCUCGGUGCGUGAGGAGGCUGUGAGGAUCUUCAACUGCCUGCAGCAGCUGGAGUCAGUGCGGGACCCGGUUCCUAUCAUCCAGGGUGUUCUCCAGACCUGCCUGGACCUGCGGCCACUCCGCGAUGAAGUUUACUGUCAGCUAGUGAAGCAGACCAGCCACACGCCUUCACCUUACACGGCUGCACAUCUGCGAUACUGGCAGCUUCUCACCUGCAUGAGCUGCACCUUUCUGCCUGGGCCCACUGUGCUGAAAUACCUGCGAUUCCACCUUAAGAGAACCCAGAGCCAAAGUCCUGAGUCUGAAAUGGACAACUAUGCGUCAUUCAUCAGUGAGGCUCUGGAUAAAACAAAGUGUCGGGAGUGCGUGCCAUCCUGGGAGGAGAUCCAGAUGCUGAUGAGCCGUCAGGAGAUGCUGUGUACUGUGCACUAUCCUGGCCCUGGAUCCUGCCAGCUCUACAUCAGCUCGCACACCACUGCCAAUGAGGUGGUCCGAAGGAUGCAAGAGAAGUUGGGCCUGCAAGACAGUAAAAAUACGUUUGCACUGUAUGAACAGAAUGCACUGUGGGAGCAGCCGGUCGCUGGGAGUGCUCUGAUCGCAGACAUCCUGACCAGGUUUAAAAACUUCACCACCAAAGAGUCUGAAUCAAAAUCCCAGUGGAAACUGUGUUUCAAGCUCUACUGCCUGUUGGAUGCUGACAACAUAUCAGUGGACAGCAUUGAGUAUUUAUUCCUCUUUGAGCAGUGCCAUGACAUGGUGGUGCGUGGUCAGCUGCCAGCGUGUGAAGAAGACCUCCAAGCGUUAGCUGCCCUCAGGCUCCAGUGCCUGAUGGGUGACUUCAGCACACACGUCCCCUGCCCACCUCUGGAUGAACUUUACCCAGGUCGAAUGCUUGAAACUCAGGUCCUCGUGUCUCUCUCAAGCCCUCAAGCGAUGCCCCCCUGCAAAGGGGCGACUCAGGGCUGCCCCACGAUGCAGCGCUUCCCCACGGGCCUUCUGGCGGGGACGCUGUGGAGCCACACGGCUACAGCAGCACACAAGCAGAAGGUGGAGCAGGAUAUACGACUGAGAAGCCGGCUGAAGGAGGAAGCGGCAGCUGUCAUGGCAUCUAUCUUGGAGCGCUGGAAGGGUCUGGCUGGGUACAACCGCAGGGAUAGCAUAGCUGCCUACCUCGCCAUUGCACGCCAGUGGUCGGGUUUUGGAUGCACACUUUAUGAAGUGGACUUUUAUAUUAGUUCAACCGGGAGCUUCUCACAGAAGCUGUGGCUCGGUGUAGCAGCCACAUCCGUGUCUUUGUACAAGCAGGGCGAAUCCGAGGCGCUGGAGUCUUUCCCUUAUGGGCAGAUCUGCUCAUAUGGGGUAUCCGACAGCAACACCUUCAAGAUCACAGCUGGGGAUCGAGAUCUGCUAUUUGAAACCAACAAGCUGACUGAGAUCAUGCAGCUGAUGAAUGCCUAUUUCAACGCCAUUCAUCGCCAGAGAGGUAAAGGAGAGGAUCCAGACAUCACCAUCACAGAGAGCACAGAGAUGAGCUUCCGGCACCUGGCCCCCACACCAACACCCACUCUCCUGGAGCUGCCUUCACACCCUGUUUGAGAGGAACUCAUGCCCGGAUACCCCCCACACACCACCACCCCCACAACCCCCACCCUUCCUCCUCCAACGAAGCCCAGUUUCGCUCUUCAGGACGCUGAGCCUCCUCUGCUGGGAACGGCGCAGCAGCCAAAACAAAGAAAGGGCUGUUUUCACUUCCCAUCCAUGAAAAUAAACCCUCACUGAGACGUCCAGCUGAAGAAGCUGGCUAUAUAAUGGGAAAGAGGCAAGGAGGGGGACUGGAAGCCAAUGAAAGACCAGAAACACACGCACACAAGUGUUGUUUUUUGACGCGAUCUUCCUCAUCUGAUCUGUUGGGUGAAAGCGCCUCUUCCAAAUGUGAGAGAAGGCACCGCGAGAGCUGAGACUGCAACGAUAAGCUGUGGUACUCCACUCAUGAAGCUAGAACUGCGAGUGAAAACACUAUCGUUUCUCCUCGGUCUUUCUGGAGGUGUGCCACGUUAAAUGAGCUUUUUCCUAGAAAGCGCUGGUCCCUCGAGCACUGCUGAAGUAGCGUUGAGAACAUUCUGUCACCUUUGCCCUGUCUCUGCUGCUCUGUUUCUCUGCCACACACACACACACACACACACACACACACACACACACACACUCCUCCCCUCAUUUAUGCCCACAUGCUCAUCAGACAGUCCAUUUUCAUAAGCUCCCAGCUGGGCUUGCAUUACCUGGAACUGUUGAUGAACAGGCCCAUGUGAACUUGGAACUGGAAACAGAUGUUGGAACUCCAUAACCAAGUCACUUUGGCUGCCACAGUCUAUUGAUUUGAUCUAAAAAAAGAAAAGAAAAAAAAAACCUCCAACACAGUUAGAUUUUUUUUUGUUACAGAAAAUCUAACCAUUUUGGAGCGUUUUCCACCACUUUAGCACCAAAUGCUCUGAUGAGUACCUGUUUUUGUGCUGCUCAUCUCGGCUGAAGUCCUGUACACGAAACUUGGAUAACACUUGACUGAUUGGUUAACUUUGCUUAAGUCGGUUACUGUUCCAACGCAGCUCUCCUCUGCUCAAGGUAACAGGUGCUUCUUUAUUAUUUCUCAUGUAUAUAUUAGGGGAAAAUGAAUCAUCCGAGCUUGGCCUUCGUCAGCUGAUUGGAUCAUGGAAGAGCUGACACUUAUCAUGCAGCGUUCCCCCUGAAAUUUAAGCUGAUCUUUUUGUAAUUGGGCAAUCCAUUUUUUUUAAUUAUUGUUAUCUAUCCCUUGUUUUCAUUUCAACAUUACUAGAACCACAGAUUCCUCUGGUUCUUUAUCUAGAAGCACCUUGUGUGUCAAUCCUGUGUAGCUUUGUUUUUACUUUGAGGAUUCUUAUAGAGCCAUGGUUUAGCCAAGUUACAGGUUUGAGCGUGGACCAAAGACUUUUUUUUUCUUUUUUAAUACGAUUUUUUAUGAAGACAGAUUCCCAAAGUCAGCUCUUUUGACCAUUGUCUUUAAGAAUAAAUUUAGAAGUCCCAGUGUAUAUGCUGAGUUCCUUUUAUUUUGUUAUAUUGACAAUGUAGGAAUAGGACUUUUUCUUUUCAUACUACAGCAGCGACUGCUCCACCGCCCCUUUCUGAAACCUCCCCUCACCAUGGAUGGCCUUGGCAGUCAUUGCACGGUCAGUUUCCUGCUUAGAAGAUCUUUAGCAUUUUCUACUGCAGCUGCAGGCAGCUUCAUUUAUGGAAAAGGAAAAAAACCGUAAACUAACACAAAAAGGCAUACAACUUUGGUUACUGUCAAGCUUGUUUGUAUGCUGCAUGGUACCUUUUUAUGUAAUAUACUUGUAUGUAUAGCCAGUUGCACUAUUGUUUUUAAACUAACUUGGGAGUGCAAUAAACUAUAAAUACUGUAUGUAAUUAAUAAAUAAGCACCAUUUUACCAUAA